UGGUUCCGGCGCAAACGCGAGCCUUUGACAUAAAAUACGAAAACGAUGUUCGGCUCCGUAAAUUCCGGAAAAUCAAUAGUAGUGUUGUUACUCUGCUGCAGUUUUCCCGACCUUAGUAACCAAAAUUCACACGAAUGGUGAGAGUGAAAGACGAAGCUGUGCUACGACCAAAUGUCAACGCGAAGCCACCUGUAACCCACCAGCAACCGAUGAAUCAGAACCACAUCCUCAAACCCUGCAACAACCAGAAUCACCUGCAUCACCACCACAAGAUCUACCACCAUUACACGUAUUAUCACCAAUAUUCGGCCGGCCAAUCGGAGUCGGACCUCCUGUCUGGCGUCACCGGGGAGUCAACGACCCCAAAGUUUUAUUUCGGGCCCGGUUUCGAACCCCAGACGUCGGGAACAUGUUCGGUGCACGGCCAGCCGAACGGGGAUGAAACCAAGAACUCCGAGUAUGUUGUGUUUUUUCACGUCAAUCCGGGUGUGACUAUAAGCUUCCAGAUUGGUGACACGACCGAGGUGCUGAGAGGACCAGUCACUGUUCCUAUGGUAUCAACGAAUACUUCUCCACCUAUCGCCAUGCCGGUGACAGUUCCUGCAGGUCAUGUUGUCCAACAAAUCGUUGAUGAAAAUGGCACUUUGAGACAUGUCAUACUGUCCCCACAGCCGCCAGGGAUGGUCAGCUUACAAACUCAUUCUCAGGCCUACGCGAACGACACGAACGGCAGUUCCAACCAAAGACACUACCAAACCAUUCCGCCUCAUCCGAACUACGGGAAUCCUCUGCACCACACCCAGAUCCCCCCGCCGAGCCUUCAGUCCGGCGCCCCCAGCCCCCAGCUGAUGGGCCACAGCUCGCCCCCGCCGCCCCACAAUCAGACCUACUACAAGGACGAGCGCGCCCAGAGGCAGCACUACAAGCUGAAGAAGAAACUGUACGACAAGCAGAUAAAGGGCGAGCCGCCCAACCAGCCGAUGGCGGGUAACGACGGUUAUAUCGGCCAGAACAAUCUGCUGCUCUGCAACAAUUCUGCGGAGAAGAAGGCGGGCGGUAACAGCGUCGAGACGUCGGAGGACGGCGAGGAGAGCAGCGUCCAGGACGACGAGGAUGCCGUUAGGUUGAUUACGGAGAUAUUGUCGUCAAUUGAAGCGCCGCUGGUUCUCGACUUGGGCUCGCGUAGCGCCUUACUACAAUGGGCGCCCCCUGUGCUCGUCACGGACGCGGCCGAGGGCGACGACGCCGCCGCCGACAUAUCAGAAGCGGACCUGACCUACGAAGUCCUCCUGAGCGACAAGAGCAAGGAGAUGAAGUUCAAAUCCAUAUACAAGGGUCCCUCGCUGUCUUGCAGGAUACAGGACCUGAAGCCCGGUCAGGAAUACUCUGUCUGCGUCCAAGUGCACUACGGCGAGCUGCAGGGAUCGGCCACAGAUCCCAUUGUGAAGUUCGUUACGCCUCCUUGCGAGCCAGAUAAACCACCGACGCCUAAGUUGGUACACAAUACGAAGAACACUCUUCAGAUAAGGUGGAGUGCAGUGACUGACAACGGUUCUCCAAUUCAGAGUUACAUUCUAGAAUGCGAUGACGGUAGUGGAGAAUUCGUGGAAGUGUACAAGAGCAAAGGUAGACAGCACACCCUCCUAAAACUGCGACCUUCCACUGCCUACAACUUACGGUUGGCUGCUGUCAACGAAAUCGGCAAGAGUCCUUAUUCCGAAAUUGUGACGUAUUCCACAGCGGAUAACCCUCCGAGUCAGCCUCAACCGCCAACUCUAGUUGAAGCCACGCCCACCAGUCUUCAUCUGCAAUGGAUCAAGAGGUUCAAAGAUAACGAGUUCAUCUUGCAGUUGGACAAUCCCGCCAAUGACUAUGGUUUCAUGAACGUUUACAAUGGUAGUGAGGCCCAUUAUCUAUGCACCCGACUCCAACACUUUACGAAUUAUAAGUUCCGUUUACGCGCCCAGAACACCUCGGGUUAUUCCCCCUGGUCUUCGGAAGUCCAGUAUGCCACCCAACCUGACAGACCAUCAGCUCCUUCGAAGCCAACGGUCAAAGGCAGGAUACAGGCCUAUUCCUUCAAACUACAAUGGGACGCACCGACGCAAACUGGCGGAUCGGAAAUCGAAAAAUACAUUUUAGAGGUCAAUUCUGGCAGUGGGUAUAGGACAGUCUAUACUGGCAAGGAAGUGGAAGCAGUCUGUGAUAAAUUAACUCCUGGAACCACAUAUCAGUUGAGAGUGUGUUGCACAAGUAGAGGUGGCGUCAGCAACUACUCUGACCCAUGUACAGUGACGACAGAUGCCAUACCGCCCAGUCAGUGUCCACCACCUGAGCUGACGCAGAAACCAAAGCCUGAGUCGAUGAGUCUCGCUUGGAGCGAGCCCGAUUAUAAUGGCGGUGCCCCAGUCUUGGAGUACGAGGUGGAGAUGUGCGAUUCGGAGGGAAAUUGUUGUCUAGUCCACAAGAAUAAGGGCAUGAAGUGCGUCGUCGAAGGAUUGAGUCCGGGAUGUGAAUAUAGGUUCAAGGUCCGUGCAAUCAAUAGGAUAGGACGUAGUCCGUGGUCGGAUGAAUUAGUUGCCACCAGUGGGGCGGCUCCCCCAUGCCAACUAUUUCCUCCUACCUUAAGUGUAAAGUCUUCCCACGUAGUACAUGUAGAAUGGAGAGAACCAAGGUGUAAUGGCGCUCCUAUCAAAGAAUACAGGCUGGAAAUGAAUAGAACUGAACCAGAGAAAGCCUUCGAACCGGUGUACGAAGGUUUGGACUUACAAUACGAGGUCAAGAAUUUGAUUCCAGCAACUUCUUACGACUUCAGGGUAUUGGCUGUUAACUCCGCUGGUCCAAGUAAAUUUUCAGAAAUCUCAACUGUGACAACGCCAGCCUCAACUCCGUCAGCAGUCGUUUUCACUAAACAUUCCUCAACCCCCACUACCAUUAGUCUUCAUUGGAACGAGCCAUCAAAUAACGGAUCGGAAAUAACAGGGUAUAACAUUGAAAUAGGUGAUAGACACAUACCGAUUGAAGCACCAGCUUCGUUCUAUGAGAUUACCUCUCUUCAGUGUAACACAUCAUACAAAAUUAGAAUGCAAGCUAUCAACAGCAUAGGAAACGGACCCUAUUCUUCCAUUUUAAGGGUCGCAACACUCAAAUUUCCUCCAUCACCUCCGAAGCUGCACUGUGUUGGAAUUGGUCAUAAUUAUCUGAAAUUGAAGUGGGGCGAGGGAAAGAACUUAGAUUAUUUGCAAUAUUGCGUCGAGGUCCUGAAUCCUAGGUUGAAGGAGUACCAAUGUGUUUACAGAGGUCCACAAUUAACAUGUAAAGUCAAUAAACUACAAGAACUUACCACCUACAAAUUCAGGAUCAAUGCCUCUAACGAUCUAGGUGUGGGAGAUUUCUCCCAAGAAUACGAGUUCACCACAAGUGUUUCGCCUCCUUCUAUACUGAAAGCUCCAAAAAUAGUUGAAAUUGAAGAUAGAACCUGCACACUAGAAUGGCUUCCAGGCAAAAAUACCUUCACAGACUCUCUACUUUACGAAGUUCAAUUAUGUAGGAAUAAUGAAAAUUUCACAAGGGUAUAUAGAGGUCCAGACUUGAAAUAUCAGAUCAGGGACUUGAGGGAAGAAACAAAAUAUAGUGCAAGGGUUUGUUCUGUGAGAUUAGCAGCUUCUGGUGAAUUGGAAGGACCUUUCUCCCCUGUUAUCAAUUUUACUAUACCCUCUAGCAAAACUCCCGAACAGAAAGUCACGACGACCACAUCAACAACUGUGACACAUCAAAAUAAAAAUAAGAACGUAAUACAACAGUUGAAAACCAGAUUGAAUUUCAGAACAAUGUCUGAAAGACAACGUGUGUUCGCAUAUGCUGUUCUGUUCACAAUAAUCGGGAUACUUCUGGCUGUAAUGUCUGUCACCUUAUAUGAUUACAAAUGAAACGAUAUCAUUCAUGAAGGAGAAGAGAUUUCUCAACCUUUUCAAUUCCUACAAUGACUAAUGAGGUAAUCAGAAUCGAUGCUUUUUAUGGUAAUAUUAGAGGUCCAAAAUAUUUAGUUUCUUGUAGUUUUUAUACAUGAAUGUAUGGCUGGUGCUAUUAAUAUAUUUUGAAUAAACUAGGGUAAGUGUGAGAUAUUUGAUGAUCUUCAUGGAACAAAAAUUGACGGUUGAGAGGGUUCACUUAAUUCCGGUUUUGAAAAAAUUUAUGUUUGAUUUGGGUUUUUCCAUCAUUCAUUAUAUGGGAAUCAGAAACAUGUGUUCUUUCGAAAAAUCAUUGAAUAUACCACACCAAUUAUGUCUAAUGAAUGUUAUCUGAUUAUCUGUAUAAAGUUUUAGAUAUUUUAAAUUUAUUUGCUAUAGAACCUUAUAGCGACUAUUUCAUAGUUAGAGAAUCUUCAUUCCAAAAAUUACAUAAGAAUCUUAUUUCAUCUGGAAAAAUGGCGCGAACCAAGAAAAAACUUGAAAAAUUUAGGACUACUGCAAAUUAUUGACUAGUCAUUGGGAAUCAUACUUUGAAAAAUAAGAAAAUUGUGCAUUCACUCACCAAAGAAACCACUCUAACUCUGAAAUUAGAUCCUGGUGUUGAAUUUCUUCUCAUAAUAAUCUCUAUUAUAUGUUGGUAUUUGCAAUUUUAUUACUACUAAUCAUAACUCAAUUAAUGGAAUUAUUUAUAUUCUUUCCUGAAAAUAAAUGAUUUGUCAUAAAAAUCGACUUCAAAUAUCUGCAGAUUUCAUCUUUGUUGUUACUUUGAUAAAUUAAUAACAUUGACACUGAUGAGGUUAAUUUGUUUCCAGAAGAGAAAUCUAUAAAUCCUGAAAAGCACUGAGCCAAUAUUUUCCAAUGUUACUUGUAUUUUUUUAUUUUUCAGAGUCUCUUCUUAUUUUUGUAUACGCAAUUGCAACGAGUAACUAAUUUGUCCUUGAAUGUAAAUGUCUUGUUGUUCUUCAUUGAUGGUAUUCUUUCGCAAGUACGAUGUCAGUUUUCCUAGUGAUGAAAAAAUAUAUAAAUAUAUUUUUAUAUUACAUGCUUGACAAAUUUUCCAUAGGUAUUUAUAUUUAUAUUGAAUGAAAUUAUUUUUUUGUAGCUGAUUGUCUAGAUACUCUAAAGAAUUUUUUGGAAUCUUAUUAUAUUUAUGGCCUUGAACAGUGAUGCUACUACGAAAAAGUUAAUGAAUUUUUAGCAAAAUUUAAAUCAAUGUGCAAUAAAGCCUUGGUAUCCAAUGAUGAAAGUAGAACCAACCAGAAAUCAGUAUUAAUUAAUAUCCAAUAAAUGGUCGGAAUUAACUUAGAACUAAGGAACCUAUCUGUAUUUCCUAUAACAAUUUUGUAACUUUUUGCUUCGUCAUGUUGGUUCUUAUUUCUAAAUCAAAUUGUGUAUAGUUUUUAGCAAAUAUAGUUGAAUUAUGCGAAUAACAUAAAUAAUAUUUUAUUUGACUUGUACUAUUACCAUGUUUAUAUAAAUACAUUGUUAAUCAUUAUGGCUAUUCAAUAUGAUUUUUUUCAAAUUUUAUGUAGUAUUUGUGAACGUCCUAUCGAAGUUACGUAAGCAAAGAUUUAUUAUGAUGUUAUGAAAUACUUACAUGAAUUACAUAAUUAUAUUUUAUCUACCUUA